AUGCUGCGGGCGGAGGGCGCCGUGCCGCUCCUGGAGUCGCUAUGGCUUAGCCGGGGCCUCGGCCCCAUGAGCAAGCGGGCGAAGGUGGAGCUGACGGCGGCGUGGUUCGAGUCCGGGCGGCCGGACGGCAAGCUGCGCGUCUUCGGGAGCGAGGGGGACGAGGCCAUCCCAUGGAGCCCCCGCGGCAGCUCCCGCGGCAGCGCUCGCGGCAGCCCCCAGUACAGCCCCCGCCACAGCCCCCGGUACAGCCCCCGCGGGCAGCUCGAGCUGCCGGCGGGGUCCAGCCCUCGCAGCGAGCGGCCGCCGACGCCGCGGGCCGUCUCGAGCCUGCUCCAGGGCCUGCGCCUCGCGAGGCGUGCUCCAUGA